AUGGGGAUCCUUUCUCUACCCCCCGAAAUCGUUGUGGAAACGCUAUCAUAUCUUGAAUCUUUGCAAGAUGUAUCCUCCCUUUCUCGCUCGUGUCGCCAAAUGCACGGCCUGUGUAAUAUGCCCGUACGGAAAAAGUUUCAUCUGAUUCGCGUGUGGCCCAACAACAGAGGGAUUGAGCAAGCAUUUGAUUUAGUGAUGGAAAUUCUGAAACAGCCUCACCUCGGGCGAUAUGUGCGCGAAAUCAGGUACUACGGAAGACCGAGACAUGCCUUUGUUUGGGGCAGUGAGAUAAAUGGGAAGAAUUCUCGCAAGUUGCCUGAAUCUGAAAUGCAUUUGCUUAUCAAAGCGAUCAAAAGGGCUGGAUUUUUGGAAACCGAAUGGGAAGAAGUGUUGAGUAUGGCGAUCCAGAAGACAACAGGCUGCGAGACUGGAAAAUGGAUAUAUUAUAAUGGAAUGAACACCCCCUUCACAGGGCCACAUAUUGCGCAGGCGUUGGCAGUGAUUUUGAUUUCCAUGGCCCCAAAUCUGGUGUUGAUGGGAAUGACGCAGCCAUUUGCAAGCUGGUCUAGCCAAGAGGAAAACUUUCCUCUAAAGGCAUUCUUAUCCCAAGCCAACAAAAAUUCUGAUAUUCUGCCAUACUUGCAGAGUCUGCGUAGGGUUUAUAUGAUAGUUGAUCAGGCCGGCGAACUUGACGAGCCAGGCUUUUAUACGCAUAUCGAGUUCCUUAACUGCUUUGACUUGUUCGACAAGCUUCCAUCAAUUGUCUCAGUUGGCAUUGAUACUUUGACAGACGACCAACAAGACGAGCCGGAGAUCGAACAACGGCAGUCAGAUCUAACAGAGCUUUGCAUCACGCAUUCAAAUGUCAGCACGCAUUAUAUUGCCCGCGCAAUACUAGCAUGCAAAGUAUUGAAGAGGUUCCAAUACUCCGUGGGAGGUCGCGAAGAGCUCGAUGUUAAAUACUUUAAUAAAAAGACGCUGGUGAAGGCCUUAUUUACGCACAAAGCCAGCCUGGAAACACUCGAUAUUGAUGCUGAGAUAGAAGGCUCAUGGUGGAGGCAAAAAGAUAACCCCAAGCACCCUUUGCCCCAAAACGAUAGAGACAAUGAAGAUCUAUUUGAGGAUGGCGAUGAAAAUGACUCUUAUCAUGACUUCUUGGAUCAUUCUGGGAAAACCCUAAGCGUUGGGAGUGACCUCUUAUUCUAUUUGAUCAAACGUGACAUCCAACUGUCAAGAGAAAGGAAAAAUGUGAAGCUUGUCGAUGGCCUGCCUGAUAAUUUGGAAUUCCUUUGCAUUCGUGGGUAUGAAAGAGGGAAGUUCCCCUCGUGGGACCAAGAGAUUGAUGCUCUGAUAGCUGCAUUCAACUCGGGAGCUAUCAAUUUGACAGAUAUCCGUGGUGUUGAUGAAACCAUCCCCCCGAGUGCACAUGUGUAUCGCCCAGAUGAACAGUGGACCUUGGAUGAAAUUGGGUAUGCUAUUGAAUGUGAUGUCGUGAUUGGCCCUGGCCUCUGGCAGGCUCUGUAUCUGAUACAUUUGGUUAUAGGUCUGGUCUGUUUGAAAUACAUGCUCUGA